AUGAUUUCUCCACUCCAGCUUCUAAUUCCUCGUCAAAUCAACAAAUACAUUGCGGAGGAGGAGAUUUGGAAACUGACGGAGGACGUGGUGGUUGAAAAAGCCGAGCCGGAGGUGGAUUCGUUCUCUCCAGUGCCUGAUCUACUUUGUGCUCCGUUGAAUCACCUAAAGCGUUUGAUGAGAAACACCAUUUCGACACUGGUUCGAGGAACCUUUGAUCUGGCAGUUGAGAGAGUUGACUCAAAGAAUUCCUUCGAGUCACUCUCGAUCUGGAAGCCGAGAGGGUGUGAUCCUCACUCUCCCUCAACACCAGUCGCCGGAGCUCCGCCGUGUCUUUCUCUCUCCUCUCCUCUCCUUUGUUCCUCGAUCUGUCGCCGUAAUUUCUCUAUCUACUCCGCUAAUCUCGCCGUCUCUUUCCUCGAAUCCUCAAAUCCUUUGCACCAAUAUGAGAUUCAAAUAUCUGUAUAA